AUGGACCUGUACGCCAGCGUACCUUCCGGGGCCGGGCCCUUCCCGGCAGUUGUUGUGGCGCACCCCGCCAGCGGCGUAGGGGAGUUUACCCAAAGCAUUGCCGAUCGCCUGGCGGCUGAAGGGUACGCAGCGGUGGCGCCGAACCGUUUCCACCGUGUGACCGAGGAAAUGCUGGCCAGCGGGAGCGCCGCCGGACAGUUCCUGAACGACCUGGAAACCAUCGCCGACAUGAACGCUACCGUGGAUUUCCUGCGGAAUCAUCCGGCAAUUGACGGUGAGCGAAUCGGGAUAAUCGGAUUCUGUUCCGGGGGGCGGAUUGCCUGGCUUUCGGCGGCCACCAAUCCCCACUUAAAGGCAGCGGUACCCUACUACGGAGGCAAUAUCAUGGCCACCGUAGGCGAAGCCACCGGGUCACCCUUUGAUCUGGCGGAGGGCAUCAGUUGUCCCGUGCUCUUCCAUUUUGGGGAAGUGGACACCAAUCCCUCACAGGACGACAUGCGAAGAUUUGACGCCGAACUGACCAGGCUGGGUAAGGAGCAUGACUUUAGGUCCUAUCCGGGCGCCGGUCAUGCAUUCAUGGACCAAAGCCAGGCCGCCAGGUACCACGAGGCGGCGGCCCAAGCUUCGUGGCCGGUUACGGUGGAGUUCUUCGCUACCCACCUGAAGGUCUAA